CUCGAAUUGUAUGAUGAGACCCUAGCCGCCAUGGCAAUUCGUGCAAGAGCUGGAGCUCGUGUCAAGGAGUGCUCUGGCGAAUUCGAGGUUCAGAACUUUGCAGUCACAUGCGCGACGACGAAGACUGUAUCUGAGAACAAGCAGGAUUGCAGAGAAAUUGUUUCUGGCCCGAUUCUGGUGGCCAAGCAGUAUGCUUUCGGCAUCGUUGUAGCAUGGUCUGUUAAGCCAGAUGGAACUGUUGAGGAGAGCAAGAAUCUGGGUGUGCACGUCAAGCGCCUGGACGACAACCCGGAGGAGUGCAGCAUCUCCCUGGAAAUGACCGUCCUCAACCGGUUGAAAAACUGCAACAUGUUCUUGCACGAUGGAACCUACCACGGGAUAUCGAGCCAGAAGGCACGAGGCUGGUCACGCUCCUUUGACAUGCCUGACAGUCGACGCCAUGAUGGUGUAAAGGGCUUGCCGUUAUCAGAAGUCUUUGACCACCAGGCUGGAUGGCUCCACAGCGGGUCUCUGCGUGUCCUUGCGAAGUUGUCUGUGGUUGUCAGCUUCGAUACCGCGGUGGUUGCUUCUAGCGAGGCAAGUGGCCAGCAAGAGGUUUGCGAGUCCUUGCAGGGCUUGUUGCAAAGCGGAAAUAUGGCGGAUGUUGUGCUCAAGGUAGGCAACGAAGUCAUCCAAGCUCAUUCAAUAAUUCUCGCAGCGCGCUCCCCUGUUUUCGAGCGCAUGUUCUCUUGUCCUAUGAAAGAGAAACAGGAGAAAGAGGUGCACAUCAAGGAUCUGGAGGCGAUCCCAGUCAAGGCCUUGGUGAGGUACCUCUACACAGGAGUUGUGGAUCAGGCUGCGCUGGACAGUGAUGAACUGGCAGUGAAUUUGCUGGAGGCUGCACAUCGUUAUGAAGUGCCUGGCCUGGUUGAGCGCUGUGUGCAGAUGAUUGUCGGGCGCUUCAAAGUGGAGACCGUGGCAGAGCGUUUAGAGAUGGCAGAUUUAAUUGGAAGCAAGUACUUCAAGGCUCAAUGCUUGGAAUUCAUCCAAGCGCAUUUGGCAGAGGUUCAGGCCACAGACGCUUACAGUCGCCUGGUGGAGCGAAGGCCUGCGCUACUACGAGACAUCAUAGAGGUCAUGGCACCACCAGCCAAGAAGCAGCGACGCCUCAAGGGUGCAGCUUCCCGGUGAAGCCGCCGAGGCCGACGCCUCGUGAACUUUCCAAGCAUCGAUUUAUGACAUGUACUCAUUUAUGCAUGUGAGCGCU